CACCUUAUCGUCAGUCGAGAUAGGCAACAGCUGACAACUGGAACAGGUAUACCAUAGGAACGACACACAGUCACAAAUUACCCUGUAACUGCGUAAUAAACACGUCGUUUAUUUACUCAGGAUUUGAAAGAAGAUGGAGGACAAAAGCUACCCCGGUUGGUCGGACGAGUCCAACCCUGCCGUCUUCACAAAGAUGCCGGAACAACCCAAGGAGAAGAAGCCAGGCCAUCUCUCUGGAGAUCAAAUCAAGAAGUUCUUUCACGAAGGAUUCGUAGUAGUGGAGGAUUUCUUCUCACCUGAGGAUCUUCAACCUUGCCGAGACGCUGUAGAGAAACUUGUGGACGAGUUUGCACAAAAUCUACACAGAAAAGGAAAAAUACAAAGCCUGCACAAAGACAAAGGACUGUUCCAGAGGCUUGGUGCCAUAGAGAAUGAGUUCCCUGGCUCCACCAUACUGACUAUCAAGCAGAGCAGACUUGUACAGGAAUUCAAAGACCUGUGGACCAAUGAACGACUACUGAAUGCAGUUGAGCAGCUGAUUGGUCCAAAUAUCAUGGGACACCCAGUGUGGAAUCUGCGCUAUAAGACUCCGCAGAACGAGGCUACCACUGUACCUUGGCACCAAGAUGCGGCCUACCUGGAAAACAGCACCUACGGCGUGUUACAGCCGGCCGCUUGGAUACCCCUUCUCGACACUAAUGAGACUACUGGUUGUAUGGAAAUGAUUGUGGGCGGACACCGUUCGGGGCGUGUUGGCAAACACACAUGCUGUUGGGCAGACACGUGGUACGUCAUUCUGCCAGAGGACGAAAUGUCUGCGGCACUUGGGGUUGACAUGGAGAGAGAUAGAAGGAUAUGCCCAGUGCCGUAUGGCGGGAUGUUGUUGCUCAAUAACCUGGUCCCCCACAGAAGCCUACCCAACCUAUCGACUGAUAUCCGUUGGAGCUUGGACCUGCGAUGGCAGGCACCUAACAAGCCUGUCGGUUUUUACGGAAUUCGGCAAGGAGUCCUCAUGAGGUCUGCCAAAGACCCUGACCUCAAGGUCAACUGGGACGAACUUCAGGAAACAGAGAAGAAAUUGUAUGACCCGGAUGUGGACGAGUUUGACACAACAAUGCCGAGUCCGUGGAUGGAAAAAUGGGAGAUCACGCAUGCCAACAGACACACUGCGAGAUUCCUCGAGUACAAGCUGAAACCCUGGAACUGAAUGCGUGGUCCGACACAUCAACAGCAUCAGUCGAGUGUUCAGUUAUAAUCGUUCAGACUGAUGUCUGUUUUCAUUUAUGCCCAGAAUUUAGAUAUAUUUCUGCCAAGCACGUUAAAUACAUUAGAACAUUACAUAACGAACAUUAAUUAUUCGCUUACACGUUGGGCCAUUGGAUCAGUUGGCAAAAUAUAAUAUCAGUAUUGUAAUUUUUAUUAAUAACAGAAUGUACUUCGAUGCAAACUAAAGAUCCAGUUUGCCAGAACAUUGGGUAAAAAUUUCAGUUUGGAUUUUAGGGUCAUGUGAUGUUGACAAAUAAAUAUGAAUCUAU